CGCAGUGCUAGUAAUAGUUUCUUUGUUUUAGUUCCGAUCCAGAACUUUUUGAGUCUCGUCUGGAGAAACUAAAUGAACUGAAAAAGCAGCCGGUAGGAUAUUGCAAACAAGUGGAAUUUAUGAAAUAUAUGGACGAAAAGGCAGAAUCAUCGGGUACAAAGACAUUAAAGGGCGGAUUCACAAAACAUAAGACGCUUGAUUCGGUACUGAAUGUUGAGAUGGUGAAAGACAAAACAGCAGAGGAAAUAAAACAGAUUUGGAAUCAGCAUUUUUCUUCAAAAGAUACCAUUUAUGCCGUAAUUCCUGCAGAGAAAUUUGAUUUGAUAUGGAAGAGAGCCCAGAAGUGCCCUACAUUCCUGUGUGCUUUGCCAAGGAAAGAAGGCUAUGAAUUUUUCGUGGGACAGUGGUCAGGGGCAGAAUUGCACUUUACUUCGCUUAUAAACGUUCAGACCCAAGGUGAAGCCGCUGCCAGCCAGUUGAUCUUAUACCACUAUCCCGAACUGCAGAAGGAAAAGGGAAUAGUGCUGAUGACAGCAGAAAUGGACUCCAAGUUCUUGAACGUCUCUGAAGCCCAGUGCAUUGCUAACCAGGUCCAGCUUUUCUACGCAACAGAUCGUUCAGAAACCUUUGGAUUAGUGGAGACCUUUAACCACAGACCUAACGAAUUUAAGUACAUGUCAGUCAUAGCUGAGCUUGAGCAGAGCGGACUUGGAAGAGAGUUGACAGCAAAAUUGGACUGACAAAUCCUAGUGCCUGCUGUCUGCAACUUCUGGGCAAGAGGCAGUUGGAAUUUCACAAUGGACCAGUUCCUUACUUAGGCUUUUUAUUUUUUUUUUAUUCUUUUUUUGAACCGUGAUGAAAGAGAGUGUGUGUACUGUAAAACUGGUAGCCACAGGAGUGAUAAGAAGAGGAGCAGAGAGUCUGAUAUUCAUGCCUGACUUUUAUAUUGAAGCAAAAUGGUAGUUUAGGAUAAGCGGCAACGUAAGCAUGGACAGAGUAGAACAUAAGACCUUAGGUCAGUCUCAUCAGAACAGUUUAUUCCAUAACUUCCUUGCCGAGUGGUGUGUUACUUUGGAAACAAUAAAUAACAUGAGGAAGAACAACUGCUUGCAGAACAACUACUGCAGUUUCAGCAGUUGGAAAGAUAAUAAAUGGUAUUUAUUUUCAGCAAA